AUGGCCCUCAGCAGCAUCCUAAUUCAACCCACCACUGAGGAGGACCAGCUCAUGGGCUUGGCAUUUGAAGAAGCCACCAAAGAGCCUGACGUGUGCCUUACACUGAAGAUGGCUGAAGCCCAGCUAUGUGGAUUACAGGACGAGUUCACCUGCUCGCCUCAGUGCAGACACACCUUCACCACAAGGCCUGAGCUGAACAGAAACACUCUGCUGAAUGAAGUCAUCAAGAAAUUUAAGAGACCAAGACUCGGCCCUCCUCUGUCUCAGAAUUAUGCCAGCCCUGGAGACGUGGAGUGUGACUUCUGUACUGGGAAGAAGUUCAGAGCGGUGAAGUCCUGUCUAACCUGCUUGGCCUCCUGCUGUCAGACUCAUCUGCAGCUUCACUAUGAAGUAGCAGCCUGGAAGGGACACAAGUUGGUUGAUCCUGAUGGAAAUCUGAAGGAGAAACUCUGUGAGAAACAUCAGAAAAGUCUGGAGAUGUUUUGUAAAACUGAUAAGAUGUGUAUCUGCAUGAUGUGUGGAGUUACUGAACAUAACGGUCAUGAAAUGGUCGAGCUGGAGACAGAAAGAGAAGAAAAAGAGAAACAGCUGGGGGUGACACUGAGUGACAUCAAGAGGAGAGUUGAGGAAAGAGAGAAGACACUAAAGGAGACGAGGAGGAUGAUGGAGGAGAUGAAGAAACAGCUGGGGGUGACACUGAGUGACAUCAAGAGGAGAGUUGAGGAAAGAGAGAAGACACUAAAGGAGACGAGGAGGAUGAUGGAGGAGAUGAAGAUGGCUGUGAAAAGAGAAGUGGAGGAAAAUGAGAAGAGCUUCACUGCUCUGAUACGGUGCAUUGAGGAAGCCCAUAGGAAACUGACUGAGAGGAUCAGAGAAGAAGAAAAGAAAGAAACUGGAAAUGCUGAACAAAUCAUGGAGCGAACAGAGAAGGAGAUUGAGGAGCUGAAGAGGAGAGAAGCUGAGCUGACGGAGCUUUCGGAGACCAAGGACCAUCUCCAAUUCCUACAGGUGACAGUGACACCACAGUCUGAUCAGACUGAGGUGUGUGUGAGACCUGAGAAACUUUAUAGUGAAAUUCAAAAGAUCUGA